CUAAGGAUCACGCAGUAUCUGACGUGUACAAAAAUCAAAGUGCAUGAUCACUAGUAGGUUAGAUCUUACCAUUGAAUUUAAAACAUUUUUUUAUCACUAAUAAAUCGUGCAAUUAUGCUCGACUUAUUUACUAUAUUUAGUAAAGGUGGAAUUGUGCUUUGGUGUUUUCAAAGUACCUCGCAAAUAUUUGCACCCAGCGUUAAUGCGUUGAUACGAAGUGUCAUAUUGCAAGAACGUACAGGAAAUCAUACGUUUGAAUACGAUUCCCUACGUUUACAGUACAAACUCGAUAAUGAAUUCGAGCUAGUGUUUGUUGUCGCGUACCAGAAAAUAUUACAGUUAUCUUACGUAGAUAAAUUUUUAAACGAUAUUCAUUUGGAAUUCAGAGAUAAAUUUAAAAAUGAAUUGGAGAGGUCCCAGUGGUUUUGUAAUUUUAACUUUCAAAAUAAUUACGAGAAUGUGCUUAUUAUGGCUGAGCAAUGGGCACGAACUCAGGCUAAAUUACCCAAGCAAAUGCGUACAUUCGACGAGAGUCAAAAAUCAAAAAAGACUGUUGCAAGUAUGAUUGAACGGAAGGAUGAGAAAGAUAAUAAGAAACAGGGUAAAAAGAAGAAGGGAGUUGAUACUAAUAAAGACGAUCAAUCAAAAAUUCAAGAGGGUCCAAAGCAGGAUAUAUCGAAUAAUCAGAAUGGAGAAAUAGAUGAAGAGACUUUAAUCGCGAACCGUAUGAAAUUGGUUCAGAAAUUGAAUAGUCAAAAAAAGAAAGUUGAUAAACAAAAAAGCCCUAAACCCGAAAAAGCUGGGAAAAAACCUCGUGUUUGGGAAUUAGGUGGAACCGUUAAAGAUCUUGCUACUCUAGAGCGUACGAAAGAUAAGCCGGAAGAAAGCGGUGAUUAUGUUGCAGCUGAUAAAAGAUUAGUGGGCCAAAUGAAAGGUGGUAUUCGUGACUUGGAAGUUGAUACCGAAUCCGAAGAUGAAUCCGAUCAGGAAAUUGAAACUUUGAAACCGCGAGUAGAAAAAAGGAGCAGUAGUAUGUUCUCGAUGUUCAAGAGCCUGGUUGGCGCGAAGAGCUUGAAACACGAAGACAUGGCCUCGGUUUUAGACAAGCUAAAGGAUCAUUUAAUAUCGAAAAACGUCGCUGCUGACAUUUCUCAGAAAUUAUGUGAUUCCGUCGGCGUGAAACUCGAAGGAAAGGUACUCGGGACAUUCGAGAGCGUGACGAAUACCGUAAAGUCAACGUUAACAGACGCGUUAGUGCAAAUACUUUCUCCAAAAAGACGAGUCGAUAUUUUACGAGACGCAAUGGAAGCGAAAAAAAAUAACAGACCAUACGUGAUGACAUUUUGCGGCGUAAACGGAGUAGGGAAAUCGACUAACUUGGCGAAAAUUUGUUUCUGGCUGAUAGAAAACAAUUUCCGUGUGCUUAUUGCUGCGUGCGAUACAUUUAGAGCUGGUGCAGUUGAACAACUGAGGACACAUAUGCGUCAUUUAAAUGCACUUCAUCCGCCAGAGAAGCACGGGAAUCAAUCUAUGGUGCAAUUAUACGAAAAAGGUUACGGUAAAGAUGCAGCUGGUAUAGCUAUGGAAGCGAUACGGUUUGCUAAGGAUUCAAAAAUCGAUGUAGUGUUGGUAGACACUGCUGGUAGAAUGCAAGAUAACGAACCAUUGAUGAGAGCGUUGGCUAAGUUGAUAAAAGUGAACGAACCGGAUCUAGUACUUUUCGUUGGCGAGGCACUAGUUGGAAACGAAGCUGUCGAUCAAUUAGUGAAAUUCAAUCAAGCAUUAGCUGAUCAUAGUCAAUCCAGCAAUCCUCACAUCAUUGAUGGCAUCGUAUUGACUAAGUUUGAUACAAUCGAUGAUAAGGUAGGCGCAGCGAUUUCUAUGACAUACAUUACCGGACAACCUAUCGUUUUCGUUGGUACUGGACAAACUUAUACAGACCUGAAGUCAUUAAACGCGAAAGCUGUAGUACACGCUCUGAUGAAAUAAUUGUUGAUCGAUUAAUAAAAUAUUACGAUACACCA